AUGGAAUCCAAGACCCGAUUGACACAGGAUGAACCAGAAGAAAAUGUGACAAUGGAACCAGAAGUUGCGUCCACUUCUAAGCCUAUGGAACAAGGAACCGUGAAGGUGCAGCUGCCACCAUUCCCUCAGAGACUUAAGAAGAAGAAAAAUGAUGAAGUGCAGUACCAUCGCUUCAUUAACAUGUUAAAACAAUUACAUAUCAACAUCCCUUUCACUAAAGCGAUUGAACAAAUGCCAAAGUAUGCUAAGUUUUUGAAGGACAUGGUGACAAAGAAACGGAGCACAGGGAAGCUCGCAACGAUGGCGUUAACGCAAAAGUCAAACACCAUUAUCCUACCGAAGAUGCGCGACCCCGGAAGUUUCAUGAUACCCUGCUUAAUUGGCGGGAUAUAUAUAGGUCAAGCGCUUUGCGAUCUUGAGGCCAGUAUCAAUUUAAUACCCCUGUCAAUUUUCAUACAAUUAAACAUGGGGUAG